AUGAAAAAUUCAUUACGAAAUGUGUUGGACGAUUUUUCGACCGUCCUCGUUAUGCUCUUCCUCGUUCUUGGCUCUCUUUUCACCCUUUUUGUUGUCAGCUUUCAAGUGCACAGUGAAGUUGUCCAUCUCACCAGAUUGGGCGUUAAUCUCUUAUCACAACAACCGGACUGGAUCAAAUAUGCCCGAAAUUAUACGGAGGAUCAGCUCGAGGAGGCCGAUAUUGACAGUUACGUGGAACAGGGUUAUUUAAAAGGACGUGAAUGGUUAGCAACAAAUGUACGGUCAUUUGUUGGUGCCAAAGAUCCUGCUAAGGCCGCGCUGCUUGAAAAAGAACUUACUGAGUUGGUUGACAAGCUCUAUCAAAUGUGGGAAGACCGUGAUAAAGCGGGAUUAUCAACAUCAUCAGUAGCAGGCAGUGUCAGCGAAAAGGACUGGAUGGGUCAUUUGAAAGGACUUACAAGCAUAAGCACACUGAAGCAGGAGGCAGUGGAAUUGGUGAAAGCGAAUGUUGAUACGAUCAUGAGUGUUGCGCAAUCAGUUUGGUCAGUUAUCGCAGCAAACAUAUCGAUUUUGAGUACUAUUCUGUUUGCAGCACUAACAAUUGUAAUAAAUUUUGGCCUGGAAAUUGUCAAUUUCUUUAUCGAAAUUAUAGUUUUCUUGACCGCUCUUUAUUACCUUUUGGCUAGCAGUCACGAUGUUUGGCUUCCAAUCAAAUGGAUCAGUGAUGCGGUACCACGAUCAUUUGCCACAACUAGUGUAUCCGGCUCUUCGCCUGAAAAACCAAGCAAAGCUCUUGAUAUCACCACUGCAAUUGAAAAUGCGAUACGCGGUGUUUUUGUUCUAUCAGCAAAAAUGUCAGUUUUCUAUGGUUUCUAUACGUAUUUCAUUCAUGCAUUGUUCGAUAUCAAUGUUGUCUUCAUACCAUCAAUGCUAGCAGCGAUUUUCGCAGCAAUUCCAAUAAUGGCGCCACACGUUGUUUGUAUUUUUGGUUUUCUGGAGUUGUAUUUCGCGGAACGUGAAACUGCUGCUGCCAUUCUCUUCGUUUUGGCUAGUUUUGCACCAAAA